AAGUGUCUGUUAGAAUGAGAAAGAGAGGUGACAGAGAAAGGAGAUGAGGGGUAACUGGUGAUGCGGAGCAAGUAAGGACAAGGAUGCAGGUGCUGUAUUGGGACUGAUACUACAUAAAAUAUUACAAAUUAGGAUACGUCAAACCCUAUUUACAGUUGUGUGUCAGUGACAAUAGGAAGUCAAAUAGUGGAAACCCGUGGCAAUUGCUGUGCUGACUGGGAGCAGCUAUUUGUUGGGAGACAUAAACUAAUGUGGCGUUAGUUUCUGGAAGUUACGUAUAAAAAAACAAAAUACACAUCAGAGGAGCCAGUCGUGCUAUGAGGUAACAAGUGUGCGGCUCGACAUCUCAGAAGGGAGUGGAGGCGACUGCGGAACGGAGUUCACUAGUAAGGAAACGAUGACCACAGAUGAAAUUAUGAAGCGGGACACAGAGACAGGAUUUAAUCCAGCAGCGCUGGCUGGAAAGGGAGAAGAUAUAACACCUAAACAAGACAGAGGAGUUUUAAAGAUCAUAAAGCGUCAGGGACUAAGCUCAGAGACCCCUAUGACAGGCGACAAGGUUUCUGUCCACUACAUAGGGAAGUUAGCAAAUGGGAAGACAUUUGACUCAAGCCGGGAUCGGAAUGAAUAUUUUUUCUUCAGUCUGGGGAAAGGGCAAGUGAUCAGAGCAUGGGAUAUUGGUGUUGCCAGCAUGGUGCGCGGGGAGGUGUGUGUUCUUCAGUGUCGUCCAGAAUAUGCCUAUGGAGCAGCUGGAAGCGUCCCUAAAAUUCCUCCCAACGCCACUCUGUUCUUUGAGAUUGAGCUACUGGAUUUUAAAGGAGAAGACCUGUCUGCUGAUGGAGGAAUCAUCAGGAGAAUCAAGCAGAGAGGAGAGGGCUACUCCAGUCCGAAUGAAGGUUCCAGAGUUGAGAUUCAUUUGGAAGGACUUUGUGGGGAUCACGUGUUUGACAGCCGUGAUGUUGCCUUUAUAGUGGGAGAAGGUGAGGAUUACAACAUUCCCAUUGGAAUUGACAAAGCCCUGGAGAAAAUGCAAAGGGGGGAAUGCUCUUUGCUGCACCUUUCCCCACGUUAUGCUUUUGGUGAAGAAGGAAAGGCUUGUUUUAACAUUGGACCUAAUACCCACCUCACAUAUGAGGUGACGCUCAUCAAUUUUGAGAAGGCAAAGGAAUCAUGGGAGAUGGACACCAGAGAAAAGCUACAACAGGCAGCAGUUGUGAAAGAAAAGGGUACAAGUUAUUUCAAGUCUGGCAAGUAUCUUCAAGCAGUGAUUCAGUAUGGAAAGAUUGUGUCAUGGUUGGAGGUUGAAUAUGGACUAUCAGAAGAUGAAUCUCAAAAGGCUAAGCGUUUUUUGCUGGCUGCUUAUCUCAACCUGGCAAUGUGCUUCAUUCGGCUUCAGGAGUAUGGGAAGGCAUCAGAGAAUUGUGAAAAGGCACUUGCUCUUGACCCUCUCAAUGAGAAGGGUCUGUACCGUCGAGGGGAAGCACGUUUGCUGAUGAACGAGUUUGAGUUAGCCCAGACUGACUUCCAAAGUGUUCUUGAAGUAAAUCCUCAAAACAAGGCAGCCAAGGCACAAGUGUUGGUCUGCCAGCGCAAGGCCCGAGCACAUUAUAACAGGGAUCGCCGCCUCUAUGCAAAUAUGUUUCAGAAGUUUGCAGAAAGGGAUACAAAGGAGGAGGAGGAAGAGAGUCAGAAAUCAGAAGCCAAGGAUUCUGGAAAUCCUCCUAAGGAAGGAUCAACAGACCCGUUGCAAGAGGCAGAGGGAGAUGUGUGAACUUUUUUACAGAAGGUGCUUCACAGCUCCCCUCCCACCUCAGCAUGCCCCUUGCACAAUGAUUGGCUCUGGAAAAUUAAUAGUUUCCUGUAAAGCAUACAUCAGAUUAUAUCCUUGUCCUUUUAGGAUAUAGGGGUGAUAUAUAAAAGUUAGUUAAGAUGGAGGCCUUCUAUUGUAUAAAAAGGCAUGAUAAUGUAUUCUGAGUGUCGCCCACAUAUUGAUUACCGUACACCUCUUAUUCAUGCAGUAGCAAAAUCUUUUUUUUUUAGAUAUAUAUAUAUAUAUUAUUUUUAUUCACUUAGCAGUAUCGGGCAAAUCAUAAUUUGCAAUCCUUUGCAUUUCUUUUUCUUGUUUUUCUUGCCUUUGGGAUUUUCUGUACAAACCUUGAGCAAGUGUCUGUGUGUGUAUACACACCUCUGCCAUCUUUGAUUCCCUGCUGCUGCUAUAUAUAUAUAUAUAUAUAUAUAUAUAUAUAUAUAUAUAUAUAUAUAUAAACUGUGUAUCUUCAAUGCAAUUCUUGGCACUAGUGAGUGAACAUAAGUAUUGGAUAGUACAAACUGUAAAAUAAUUGGUAAAGUUCUUAUGAAUGCUAUCUUUAGUGAUUUUAGAAACAACUGGUUAGAAACUAUAAACUCGGUAGCCAUACAUUUGCAAGGUGGUCUAUUUAAUAUGUCCUGUUCUCUACUAAGGGAAAGGGUAAAUGGUGAGGGGAUAUAAAACUGAAUAGAA